AUGGGUAUUGAAAGGUCUCUCAGUACUGAGCAGGUCGAUUCAACUCACCAACACACACCCGACCCGGAGACAGUUUCGCUUGGCCCUGACAGCCGCAUUGAGCAUGUGUAUCUCACAUUCGACACAAGGCUUCCAGAGCCCGUCUUACAAUCACAAUCGCAACCUGAAAACACUCCUCCUCGUCCCAACCUCCAAUCGUACAGCUCUCCUCUCGAAUGGUCUCCGGCUCGAAAAUGGCUUCUGCUCACACUCGCCUGCACCGCGACAUUCCUCACCUCGUAUACCGCAGGCGCUUACGCUCCGCCGAUACCUCUGAUGCAAAUUGCGUUCAACUCCUCGCACCUCGCUGUCCUAAGCGGAUUGACGACAUUCACCAUCGGUUUCGCUAUAUCACCAAUGGUACUCGCUCCUUUCUCCGAAAUCAACGGCCGAUACCCUGUCUUUGCUGCCAGUGCCAUACUCUAUACUGCAUCCCAAAUCGCGUGUGGGGGAGUGACCUCCCUCGCAGGUAUGCUGGUCGCGCGUUUCUUCACAGGCGUGGGAGCUAGCGUCUUCAGCACCAUGGUAGGGGGCUUCAUCACGGAUCUCUGGGCAAAGGAGAACCGCAACACCCCCAUGGCUAUCUUCAGCGGCGCCGGCAUUGUGGGAACCGGGGCAGGUCCAAUGGCCGCUGCCGCGAUCGUACACUUCCAUGGCAAUGAGCAAACUGGAGCUGGUUGGGAGUGGGUAUUCUGGCACAUGGCCAUCUUGACAGGGGCAACAGCUCUCUUGCUGUUGGUUUUCAUGCGCGAGAGUCGAGGUCCAGUGCUUCUGUCCAGAAAAGCAAAUGCACUAAACAAGUGGUACGAGGAGCUGGAACAGCUGGGAGCAUACGGGGUCGUCUUUCCGCAUGUCGAGCCAGAUGUUGGGAGCACAUCACCAGGCCUAGGUUCGCAACCUAGGAGGAUACGAUGGGUUGUCAAAGAAGAUGAGGACCGAAUUUCCAUCAGCCAUAUGAUUACCGUUUCUGUCUGCCGACCAUUUCGUCUUUUAUUCACCGAGCCAGUCGUCUUCUUCUUUGCGCUGUGGCUGUCUUUCGCCUGGGCAGUUCUCUUUCUUACCUUCGAGUCGAUCGCGAUCGUAUACGAGCGUGUCUACAACAUGUCUCCUUUCGGAUCAAGCCCAGCGUUCUCCAGCCUAAUCGUAGGUGGUACGAUCGCGACGAUUCUGUGCAUCUGGCUAGAAAGCCUCCUGCAUGUAUCUCAAUGGCAAGGUGAACCGGCAGACCCGACAUAUGCACACUCCAACUUCUGGACUUUCAUGAGGCGCCACUUUCCAGUCGACGUCCCUGAGUCUCGACUUUACUUCACCUGCAUAACGACUCUUUUACUUCCAAUUUGA